UUGAUUUUUCGGGGUUAAUUUUAAUUUUCCAUCCUUUAAACCAGGGUGAAAUGUAAUUAAUGGCAUUCUGUAGUUUAUUUCUUGCAUCUUAAGUGAGUAGCAGUCAAGUUAGGUUACUGAAAUACUGAAUGUUUUUCCGUCAUUAAAGAUGUACGGAUCACCUGAUCAUUGUGCGUUUGUCUGUAUGUGUUCGUAAAGUGAAAUAAAUUGUAUAUUAAACGAAGAUGGAUUUCGACUCAAAAAAAGUUACUAAUUUAGUGCAGACUUACAUGUUCUGGGAGAUGUGUAUAAAUCAUUUUUAAGAGCACAUGCAGAUCCUUACGGAACACAAACCUCGUGUGUGAAAUUUAAGAGUUUAUUUAACAGAAAACGUAAUUUAAACAAGCAUAUGCUAAUUCGCAUUGGAGAGAAGCCUGAUGUGAGUUUAGUGCGUAAGAAGACAUUUAGUUAAAUUAUUAAGUUAGACUAGCAUUUUCUUUUUCACAGACAAACCACCAAUUUAAGCAAGCAUAUGCUAAUUAACAGAGGAGACAUGCCUUCAUAUGUGUGUGAAGUAUGUCAGAAGUCAUAUACUCGAAAGUAUAAUUUAAAGCAGCAUAUGUUUACUCACACCGGAGAGAAGUCUCAUAUGUGUGAAGUAUGUAAGAAGUCAUUUAGUCAGAAGGGUAAUUUAGACACUCAUAUACUUAUUCACUCAGGGAAGAAACCUCAUACAUGUGAAGUAUGCAAGAUGUCAUUUAGUCAGAAGGGUUCUUUGAUCACUCAUAUGCUUAUUCACACAGGAGAGAAACCUCACAUGUGUGAAGUAUGUAGGAAGUCAUUUAAACACAAGUUUACAUUAAACAGUCAUAUGCUUAUUCACACAGGAGACAAGCCUCAUGUAUGUGAAGUAUGUAAGAAGUCAUUUCGUCUUAAGUCUAGUUUAACCAGUCAUAUACUUACUCACACAGGAGAGAAACCUCAUGUGUGUGAAGUGUGUAAGAAGUCAUUUAGUCAUAAGGGUAAUUUAUCUGCUCAUAUGCGUAUUCACACAAAAGGACAACCUCACGUGUGUGAAGUAUGCAUGUUGUCAUUUAGUCAGAAGCUUUAUUUGAGUAGACAUAUGCUUGUUCACACAAGAGGGAAACCUCAUGUGUGUGAAGUGUGCAAGAAGUCAUUUAUUAGCAAAGGUAAGUUAAAUGCUCAUUUGCUUAUUCACACAGGAGAGAAACCUCAUGUCUGUGAGGUAUGUAAGAAGUCAUUUAGUCAUAAGCCUCGUUUAGAUGCUCAUAUGCUUAUUCACACAGGAGAAAAACCUUAUAUGUGUGACGUAUGUAAGAAGUCCUUUAGAAAGAAGGGUUAUUUGAAAAGUCAUAUGCUUUUUCACACAGGAGAGAAGCCUCAUGUGUGUGAAGUUUGUCAGAAGUCAUUUACUUUGAAGCUUGAGUUAAAUAGACAUAUGUUUGUUCACACAAGAGAGAAACCUCAUGUGUGUAAAGUAUGUAAUAAGUCAUUUAGCCUCAAGGAUUAUAUGAAGUAUCAUAUCCUUAUUCACACAGGAGAGAAAACUCAUGUGUGUGAAGUAUGUAAGAAGUCAUUUUGCCUGCAGCGGUCUUUAAACAGCCAUAUGCUUAUUCACACAGGAGAAAAAUGUCAUUUAUGUCAAGUAUGUAAGAGGUCAUUUAGACAUAGGAGUUCUUUAAGGAUUCAUAUGCUAACUCACACAAGAGAAAAACCUCAUAUGUGUGAAGUAUGUAAGAAAUCAUAUAGACACAAGCAGGCUUUGAAGAAUCAUAUGCGUAUUCACACAGGAGAGAGACCUUAUAUCUGUGAAAUAUGUAAGAAGUCAUUUAGGGUUAAGGACAUUUUAAACGAUCAUAUGCUUAUUCACUCAGUUGAGAAACCUCAUGUGUGUGAAGUAUGUAAGAAGUCAUUUCGUCGUAAAGAGGCUUUAACCACGCAUAUGUUUAUUCACACAGGAGAGAAACCUCAUGUGUGUGAAGUAUGUAAGAAGUCAUUUAGUCACAAGCAUUAUUUAAAGAGACAUAUUAUUAGUCACACAGGAGAGAAACCUUAUAUCUGUGAAGUAUGUAAGAAGUCAUUUAGUCAGAAGCUUUAUUUAAAUAGACACAUUCUUAUUCACACAGGAGAGAAACCUUAUACAUGUGAAGUAUGUAAGAAGUCAUGUAGACAAAAGGCUCAUUUAUAUAGUCAUAUGCGUAUUCACAGAGGAGAGAAGCCUCAUGUUUGUCAAGUAUGUAAGAAGUCAUUUAUUCAAAAGAGUUUUUUAGAUACUCAUAUGCUUACUCACACAGGAGAAAGUCCUCAUCUGUAAAAUGUCCUUGUGAGGAAUGUAAGAAAUCAUUUAGUCAGAAAGGUAAAUUUAACAGGCAUGUGCAUACUCACAGAGCAGAGAAGUAUGAAGUAUGUAAAAAUUCAUUUUUAGUAAAGGAUGAGUAAAAUAUGCAUAUCCACAGAAGAGAGAAAUAUGUCAUAUUAUGUAUGUAACAAUUCAUUUGGAUAGUAGAAUAAUUUGAAGACAUAUAAGAAAGCACACAAGAAGAGAAACAUUCUACCUUUUGAGGAGAUGUUAAAUUAUUAUCAUACUUUCAUUAUCAGUGUAAUAAUGAUUUGUCCAGCAGCAAAGAGAGUUCUUUUUUUGACGACAAGUGAGUUUCAACAGAUGUCAGUAUUUAGUGGUAGAAAAAUUCUUGGAAUUUAGAGAGGCGUUCAGUAGUAGAACUUUAGAUUUAAAGGUAUUCGAACAUGUGAUAUAACAGGUACUGCUGACCCUGUGUGCUGUUUGUAAAUUGUCAUUUGAUACAAGUAAGAAAUAAACCAUUUAUUUCUUUCUAAACAACAACAAAACAAAAAAAACUUCAUUUGUGCAGGAUAUAUAUCGAGUGUUUUUUACGUAACAGAUGAGUAACAGUUCUAUGAGUAGAUGGUUACUUAUAGAACUACUAACUUGAAGCUACAUUUGCUACUAUCCUGUCCUAAAGGGCCUAAAGUUGUUUAUACCAAACUUGAUUGAACAGCUCUUAUUUAGAAUCUGCUUGAUGUGUUUUGCAAUUCUUUCACCUUUUCCCAAAUUUGAGUGCUUGAUGCUGGGUUCUAAUUUUCACAGUUUUUGUAUAACUCGUGUUCAGUGUUACAUUUGUGACUUACCAAAAUGCAUUUUGUUAAUCAUAUGCUUGUAACCACUUUGAUAUAAUUCUGAUACUGAAUUCUGAAGCAUGGCUAAAUAUUUAAUCCCGUAUAUGUUUUAUUGUGAUGAAAUACCAAAGAACUGCAGUUAAAUUACAUAGUUCCAUUUUUUUUUAACAUCCUUUUUAGCUAAGUAGAGGUAUUAUUGGCAAAUAUUAUUCUCAGUAUUACUAUCAAGCUUCAAUAUGAAAUGUGUCAAGUGACAUUCACAAAGCCAGGAUAGUGGUAUAACAUAUUAUACUGGUAAAGAAAAAUAUAUUCAGUCAAUCCAGGACCAAAUAAAGCAAACUGAUGAGAGUGAAGUACCUAAGAAGAAAUUUGAAGGAAUGAGUCACUACGGAAAUAUCAUUUUCAAGCAGCAUUCAUCUGAAGGUGAUACUUAACGUACGCUAAAGUUUUAAACACUUGUUUGCACUGGCAAAAUUCUGAGUCUGAGAAUGGACAAAACCUGAAACUGAACAGGUAAAUUGAUUCUCAGCCUGAGCUGGAACAUGUAUAACUUGAUGACUCCAUUAAUGUAAUGUGAACAACUGCUUUUGAAUGUUUAUUUGGCCGGACUGAUAUAAACAUGGAAAAUGUAAAACUUUGUGAUAUGAAGAUUUGUUCAGAUAGAGUCGUGCAUGUUAUCAGGAGGUAUUUUGUUGACAUUGCAUGCUGUGCAAUAUGGUACAAAAUUCAACAUUAGAUUUUAAAUGUUCCAAAAGUGUACUUAUAUGCUAUUUUAUAUGAUAAAAAACUAAAAAUUUCUCAAACUAAAAGCAAUAUUCCUUUACUUGUUAUUUGUAAUUUGCUGCAGAGAUAAAAAAAUGUUUUAUGUAAAUUGAGCCUGUCUUUUAGACUGAUGGUUGUAUGUAAAAAUAUCAGUUUACUAGGCCAUAAUUAAUGCUAUGUAAUAUAUAUAUUUAUAUAAGUAUACAGAGAAUGUUGUUUAUGCAAUAUAUUUAAUGAAAGCAAUACAAAGAUGUGAUAUAUGAAUUGAGAUAUCCAAUAUAAUUUCAUUUUGAAUUUAAGUACUUAUAGAAAUAAAAAAGUAUUUUUACAUUUAAUUACAUAGAUUUCUGGCCAUAUUUAAAAUGAUAUUCAUUAGUAUUUAUUACAUAUGCUUAUUUGGCUUGUAUUCCUUUUGCUUAUUCUAAUUGUUUUUAAUUUGAUUAAAAAUCCAUAGCUUAACUUCCAUUCCAUUUCCUCUGUAAUUUCACUAAAUGUACUUGAACUGCAUUUUUCACAUUUUGCAGUGAAACUUAACCGUUUGACUGCUAUGCGGCACAAAAGCGCUGCCUUCAUUUGUCUUGAAAACUGCGACACAGUUAGUUAUUUUAGAAUGCACUUGUGUUACAAAGUAUGCGUGAGGUCAGACUAUGUUCACAUCCAUGGAGCAACAAAGACACACUGAAACUCGCAGCGCACCUGCGCUGCGUUGCGGUUUUCGACACAAAUGAAUGCAGCGCUUUUGCACCACAUAGCAGUCAAACGGUUAAUACAUUUUAAUUGUAAUUAUCCAGUGUCACAGGAUUUCAGCGCCAAACUCUAAUAUAUUGUGAUACCUAGGAGUUCCAAAUUUUAAAAAAAUGAUUAAAAAUAUUUAUACUUAUUUGGAUAAUUUCUUGACUUUAAUUUUGCCUUAACAAUCAGGUAUAUUUAACUAUUCGAUCACAUACUGAAUGGGAAAGGACUUUGUAUCCAAGAAGAGCAAAAAAGUUUUUUUUUUUUUUUUUUUAAUUUUUUGGCAUUAUCCAUUUUUUUUUCCCUAAGUUAAAGUACUUUAAAGUAAUGCAAUCAUCCCAUAUGAUUGCAUCUUGUAUAAUCUCAAAUUAAUGUGGUAAAAUCUGAUGUAUAUUUUUUUAUUUGUAUAUUUUUCUAUCAAUUUUGCAAUGAAUUAAAUACUUUUCUUUCUAA